CCGUACCCGGGACGCCGGCCGCCCGGCAACGGGAUGGCGUCAGCUCCGGGGCGGGUCCGGAAGCGGCGGUUGUUGUGCUGGGCGGCCAUGGUGUGCGAGAAGUGUGAGAGGAAGCUGGGCACCGUGAUCACUCCUGAUACGUGGAAGGAUGGGGCGAGAAACACCACAGAAAGCGGUGGCCGUAAGCUGAAUGAAAACAAGGCGUUGACCUCAAAGAAAGCAAGGUUUGAUCCUUAUGGAAAGAACAAAUUUGCAAUAUGUCGAAUUUGUAAGAGUUCUGUCCAUCAGCCAGGGUCUCACUAUUGCCAAGGAUGUGCCUAUAAAAAAGGCAUCUGUUCAAUGUGUGGCAAGAAGGUCUUGGAUACAAAGAACUACAAGCAAACUUCUGUCUAACUACAUUGAUCAGUUUUUUAUGAACAGCUGAUUUCUGUGUCUUUGUACAUUUACCUUUGUCCAAUGUUGUUUGUGAAUAUUGCUUUCUGGAAUAUAAUAGACUUACUUGGAAUGGGUUUAGGGGAGACGACAGCCUGGAUGCUUCUGUAGAAAUGAACGUGGUAUUUGAUUUUAGUUCUUCGGCUUGUCUGGUGGUAAUACUUAACAGAUACAUAAAAUAUAAGCUUGUAUCACCUCAUUAAAGUACUGUCAUUAAUUAGUUCUGUGCUUAUAGGUAUUUAUAUUUAUGCUUAUCCUUAACUGUUAUGUCCUGCGCUUUGAAGUGCUGCUUUUCAGAGUUUAAUUGCAUUAUUCUGAUCCAGCAGUAGGGUUUGUUGAAUCACAAGCUGUUAAACUACUGAAAUGCAGUGUGUUACUCUGCUGCUUCUUACUCCUGCAGCAAGAUUGAUCAGCUAUUCCCCUGUCAGAUCCUAAGCAGAUUUUGCAUAUGGCAUCUGGUGGCCCAAGGCAAUAAAAUAACGAGCAUCAAUUUCUAAUGCCAGGUCUCAGUCUCCUUAUUUCCUAAGUUAGUGUGCUUUCUAAACACUUGUUUUGAAACUGGCUCCUGAAUUCUGUGCUGUAAUCAGUUAUAUAAAUGUCAGAUGGAAAGAUCAAAACAGGCUGCCUUCUCCUUAGCACUGAUUGGAGAUGAGACUUGAAGCAUGCACCUGUGAACAUGUGAGACUGCAUUUCUCUUAUCCUUGUGUAAUUUCUACAUAAGGAAGCAAUUUCUCUUACAAAGAAUAACAACUUGAAUUCAUGAUAGGAUUUUAACUAGACCUUUUUGUUUAUCCCUCUUGCCAUCUAUUCUUAGCAAAUUCUUACAGUUUUGCAACUUAUUUUCAACCAUAAUGAAGAAAAUAUCAAUAGGAAUUUCCCUGUGAAUAGAUAUGUACGGAUCAUUGUCCCAUGUUACAACAAUACCCUGGCAACCAUCGAGAGCCCAAAAUAAGACCAUCAUAAGAACAUCUCUUCUGUUGUGCUGGAAAGAAUAGUCUGUAGUGAGGUGACUGAAUUUGGUUACUGCCUGCUGGAUUUAUGUAAGGUGGUUGUGCUGAAGGGGCUCACUUGAAUGUACUUGUUUUCUGCCUCUUUUUUGUCCUCUGCAGCUGUAGGGUAUUUUCUGUGCAAGUGGUAUCACUUAGUGCACUGACUGUAUUGCACUAAAUUUAUGAAGACUAUUAGAAGUGAUGGUUGUAAACCAAGUAAUUCCGACCAUGUGAAAGGAUUAACUGGGGGAAUGUAACUGGACAUCUGAGCAAGUCAUUUCUAGAGGCAGUAAAUGGUAUUUUAAAACAAUUGUAAAAAAUCCUACAUUUAUAGAAAGAAAUCUAAAAAUCACAGGUAAGGUGGUUAAUAUAUAAUUAUUAUUGUUUUAUCCUCCCAUAAUUGGGUUAAACAGUUUUCAUCAACUUGUUUCCAACUUAGCCUUCAGCUUUAGCUUUUUGAUCAGACUUAUUCAAGGUGAUUUCAACUGAAAGAUCCUCUGAUAUUCUGCAAACUCUUCAUUCUUUGUGUAUUUAUUCUAUAAGAUUAGUUUGGCCAUUCUGUAUAUAAAGUUUUUCUUGCCUUCCUAAUGUUUUCCAGCAUCUUUGUUUCAAAAAUAUGACUGUUUGUAAUUCUUGAAUGCAUUGUAUCCAUUCAAGGUUAUUUUACACUGUAAAUACUGUAUCGAGUAAAUGUGUAUUUUGUUUGUAACAUGUAAA